AUGCUGCUAGCUAGACUGAAGCCUAAGCAAGCUAUUAUGAGCAUUGUAGUGUGCUACGCGCCUACCAAUACCGCACCAGAUGAAGCGAAAGAUACUUUCUAUGAGCAACUACAGGAUGUUUUGAGUAGUAUUCCGGACAGAGAUAUAAAGAUAGUUCUAGGCGACUUUAAUGCAAAGGUGGGAACCGACAACCGUGGUUGUAACAACUGUGUUGUCCCUGCUGCAUCACGUCCCUUACGUCUUGCCUCCGCUCUUCACGAGAGUCACAACGCCAGAGCUGAGGCCACCAAACGACGUGCAAGACAGACUGUGUUCCGCCUGGCAUCGACCCUGACAUUCCAAUGCUGUCCAGUGUGCAAGCCCCGCGACGAGUGGCAGGCUAAGACAGAGGAUUGUGGACGCCGAGCCGCCGAGUUCAGGAUCGUCGUCGGCCUCGCCAUAAACGACCACGCCCUCUCCCAGGCUGAGGUCGGCACCCAAGUCCGUUCAGGACCCGACCCCACGUUGGGACAAAGCAGGCGUAGUCAUGGGUCUCAGAAAAUACGGGACUGGUCAGAGGCACCUCCAGUCAGCUGUGUUGUUGCAGGCGUCCUCACCUGCGUCCACCAGGUGGGCUCAAGCGAUCAUGUGCACUUCCUCGUAGCGUCCAUGAUCGCUGUGCGGACAUGA